AGUUGAAUGUUUUACUUUAAGAAAAUCAUUGCAGGCUGCAUAGUGAACAAGAGGACAAGAGAGAAAAACACCAUGCAGCCUAGAUGGAUGUUCUCGCAUUACUUUAUCUUGCUGGUUACUAUUCACAUGGCUCACCAAGGGAACACACUUGCUACAUCAACGUCUACCAUUACAACUGAUACAAAUUUAACAUCAAUUCCAUCAACAACGACAACACCAUUCACUUCAGAGACAACGAGCACAAUAGAAACAACAACCACCCAGAGCUCCACCCCACCACCAACAUCAGAAAUUACUACAAUAGGAUCUACUACUGCAACUACUCCUCCUGAUACAACGUUAACAUCAGUUCCAUCAUCUUCGACGAGCACAACAGAAACAUCCACCCAGAGCUCCACCCCACCACAAACAAGUGAAACAACAACUGAUGUCACUUCCACAACAUCAGAAAUUAUUACAACAGCUACAACUACAUCUCCUGGUACAACUUUAACAUCAGUUCCAUCAACAACUUCAACACCGUUCACUUCAGAGACAAUGAGCACAACAGAAACAACAACCACCCAGAGCUCCACCCCACCACAAACUAGUGAAACAACUACUGAUGUCAGUUCCACAACGUCAGAAACUACUACAACUGGAUCUACUACUGCAACUACUCCUCCUGAUACAACGUUAACAUCAGUUACAUCUUUAUCGACGAGCACAACAGAAACAUCCACCCAGAGCUCCACUCCACCACAAACAAGUGAAACAACAACUGAUGUCAGUUCCACAACAUCAGAACUGACUACAACAGUAUCUACUACUGCAACUACUCCUCCUGAUACAACGUUAACAUCAGUUCCAUCAUCAUCGACGAGCACAACAGAAACAUCCACCCAGAGCUCCACCCUACCACAAACAAGUGAAACAACAACUGAUGUCACUUCCACAACAUCAGAAAGUACUACAACAGCUACAACUACUUCUCCUGCUACAACUACAUCUCCUGCUACAUCUCCAGUUCCAUCAACAACUACAACACCAUUCACAUCAGAGACAACGAGCACAGCAGAAACAACAACCACCCAGAGCUCCACCCCACCACAAACUAGUGAAACAACUACUGAAGUCAGUUCCACAACAUCAGAAAGUACUACAACAGCUACAACUACAUCUCCUGCUACAACUUUAACAUCAGUUCCAUCAACAACACCAUUCACUUCAGAGACAACGAGCACAAUAGAAACAACAACAACCCAGAGCUCCACCCCACCACAAACUAGUGAAACAACUACUGAUGUCAGUUCCACAACGUCAGAAACUACUACAACAGGAUCUACUACUGCAACUACUCCUCCUGAUACAACGUUAACAUCAGUUCCAUCAUCAUCGACGAGCACAACAGAAACAUCCACCCAGAGCUCCACCCCACCACAAACAAGUGAAACAACAACUGAUGUCACUUCCACAACAUCAGAAAGUACUACAACAGCUACAACUACUUCUCCUGCUACAACUACAUCUCCUACUACAUCUCCAGUUCCAUCAACAACAACAACACCAUUCACAUCAGAGACAACGAGCACAGCAGAAACAACAACCAUCCAGAGCUCCACCCCACCACAAACUAGUGAAACAACUACUGAAGUCAGUUCCACAACAUCAGAAAGUACUACAACAGGAUCUACUACUGCAACUACUCCUCCUGAUACAACGUUAACAUCAGUUCCAUCAUCAUCGACGAGCACAACAGAAACAUCCACCCAGAGCUCCACCCCACCACAAACAAGUGAAACAACAACUGAUGUCACUUCCACAACAUCAGAAAGUACUACAACAGGAUCUACUACUGCAACUACUCCUCCUGAUACAACGUUAACAUCAGUUACAUCUUUAUCGACGAGCACAACAGAAACAUCCACCCAGAGUUCCACCCCACCACAAACAAGUGAAACAACAACUGAUGUCAGUUCCACAACAUCAGAACUGACUACAACAGCUACAACUACAUCUCCUGCUACAACUUUAACAUCAGUUCCAUCAACAACACCAUUCACUUCAAAGACAACGAGCACAAUAGAAACAACAACCACCCAGAGCUCCACCCCACCACAAACUAGUGAAACAACUACUGAUGUCAGUUCCACAACGUCAGAAACUACUACAACAGCUACAACUACAUCUCCUGCUACAACUUUAACAUCAGUUCCAUCAACAACACCAUUCACUUCAGAGACAACGAGCACAAUAGAAACAACAACCACCCAAAGCUCCACCCCACCACAAACUAGUGAAACAACUACUGAUGUCAGUUCCACAACGUCAGAAACUACUACAACAGGAUCUACUACUGCAACUACUCCUCCUGAUACAACGUUAACAUCAGUUCCAUCAUCAACUACAACACCAUUCACAUCAGAGACAACGAGCACAGCAGAAACAACAACCACCCAGAGCUCCACCCCACCACAAACUAGUGAAACAACUACUGAAGUCAGUUCCACAACAUCAGAAAGUACUACAACAGCUACAACUACAUCUCCUGCUACAACUUUAACAUCAGUUCCAUCAACAACACCAUUCACUUCAGAGACAACGAGCACAAUAGAAACAACAACCACCCAGAGCUCCACCCCACCACAAACUAUUGAACCAACUACUGAUGUCAGUUCCACAACGUCAGAAACUACUACAACAGGAUCUACUACUGCAACUACUCCUCCUGAUACAACGUUAACAUCAGUUCCAUCAUCAUCGACGAGCACAACAGAAACAUCCACCCAGAGCUCCACCCCACCACAAACAAGUGAAACAACAACUGAUGUCACUUCCACAACAUCAGAAAGUACUACAACAGGAUCUACUACUGCAACUACUCCUCCUGAUACAACGUUAACAUCAGUUACAUCUUUAUCGACGAGCACAACAGAAACAUCCACCCAGAGUUCCACCCCACCACAAACAAGUGAAACAACAACUGAUGUCAGUUCCACAACAUCAGAACUGACUACAACAGGAUCUACUACUGCAACUACUCCUCCUGAUACAACGUUAACAUCAGUUCCAUCAUCAUCGACGAGCACAACAGAAACAUCCACCCAGAGCUCCACCCCACCACAAACAAGUGAAACAACAACUGAUGUCACUUCCACAACAUCAGAAAGUACUACAACAGGAUCUACUACUGCAACUACUCCUCCUGAUACAACGUUAACAUCAGUUACAUCUUUAUCGACGAGCACAACAGAAACAUCCACCCAGAGUUCCACCCCACCACAAACAAGUGAAACAACAACUGAUGUCAGUUCCACAACAUCAGAACUGACUACAACAGGAUCUACUACUGCAACUACUCCUCCUGAUACAACGUUAACAUCAGUUCCAUCAGCAUCGACGAGCACAACAGAAACAUCCACCCAAAGCUCCACCCCACCACAAACAAGUGAAACAACAACUGAUGUCACUUCCACAACAUCAGAAAGUACUACAACAGGGUCUACUACUGCAACUACUCCUCCUGAUACAACGUUAACAUCAGUUCCAUCAUCAUCGACGAGCACAACAGAAACAUCCACCCAGAGCUCCACCCCACCACAAACAAGUGAAACAACAACUGAUGUCACUUCCACAACAUCAGAAAGUACUACAACAGGAUCUACUACUGCAACUACUCCUCCUGAUACAACGUUAACAUCAGUUACAUCUUUAUCGACGAGCACAACAGAAACAUCCACCCAGAGUUCCACCCCACCACAAACAAGUGAAACAACAACUGAUGUCAGUUCCACAACAUCAGAACUGACUACAACAGCUACAACUACAUCUCCUGCUACAACUUUAACAUCAGUUCCAUCAACAACACCAUUCACUUCAAAGACAACGAGCACAAUAGAAACAACAACCACCCAGAGCUCCACCCCACCACAAACUAGUGAAACAACUACUGAUGUCAGUUCCACAACGUCAGAAACUACUACAACAGGAUCUACUACUGCAACUACUCCUCCUGAUACAACGUUAACAUCAGUUCCAUCAGCAUCGACGAGCACAACAGAAACAUCCACCCAGAGAUCCACCCCACCGCAAACAAGUGAAACAACAACUGAUGUCACUUCCACAACAUCAGAAAGUACUACAACAGCUACAACUACAUCUCCUGCUACAACUUUAACAUCAGUUCCAUCAACAACACCAUUCACUUCAGAGACAACGAGCACAAUAGAAACAACAACCACCCAGAGCUCCACCCCACCACAAACUAGUGAAACAACUACUGAAGUCAGUUCCACAACAUCAGAAAGUACUACAACAGCUACAACUACAUCUCCUGCUACAACUUUAACAUCAGUUCCAUCAACAACACCAUUCACUUCAGAGACAACGAGCACAAUAGAAACAACAACCACCCAGAGCUCCACCCCACCACAAACUAGUGAACCAACUACUGAUGUCAGUUCCACAACGUCAGAAACUACUACAACAGGGUCUACUACUGCAACUACUCCUCCUGAUACAACGUUAACAUCAGUUCCAUCAUCAUCGACGAGCACAACAGAAACAUCCACCCAGAGCUCCACCCCACCACAAACAAGUGAAACAACAACUGAUGUCACUUCCACAACAUCAGAAAGUACUACAACAGGAUCUACUACUGCAACUACUCCUCCUGAUACAACGUUAACAUCAGUUACAUCUUUAUCGACGAGCACAACAGAAACAUCCACCCAGAGUUCCACCCCACCACAAACAAGUGAAACAACAACUGAUGUCAGUUCCACAACAUCAGAACUGACUACAACAGCUACAACUACAUCUCCUGCUACAACUUUAACAUCAGUUCCAUCAACAACACCAUUCACUUCAAAGACAACGAGCACAAUAGAAACAACAACCACCCAGAGCUCCACCCCACCACAAACUAGUGAAACAACUACUGAUGUCAGUUCCACAACGUCAGAAACUACUACAACAGGAUCUACUAUUUCAACUACUCCUCCUGAUACAACGUUAACAUCAGUUCCAUCAUCAUCGACGAGCACAACAGAAACAUCCACCCAGAGCUCCACCCCACCACAAACAAGUGAAACAACAACUGAUGUCACUUCCACAACAUCAGAAAGUACUACAACAGCUACAACUACAACUCCUGCUACAACUUUAACAUCAGUUCCAUCAACAACACCAUUCACUUCAGAGUCAACGAGCACAAUAGAAACAACAACCACCCAGAGCUCCACCCCACCACAAACUAGUGAAACAACUACUGAUGUCAGUUCCACAACAUCAGAAACUACUACAACAGGAUCUACUACUGCAACUACUCCUCCUGAUACAACGUUAACAUCAGUUCCAUCAUCAUCGACGAGCACAACAGAAACAUCCACCCAGAGCUCCACCCCACCACAAACAAGUGAAACAACAACUGAUGUCACUUCCACAACAUCAGAAAGUACUACAACAGGAUCUACUACUGCAACUACUCCUCCUGAUACAAUGUUAACAUCAGUUACAUCUUUAUCGACGAGCACAACAGAAACAUCCACCCAGAGUUCCACCCCACCACAAACAAGUGAAACAACAACUGAUGUCAGUUCCACAACAUCAGAACUGACUACAACAGCUACAACUACAUCUCCUGCUACAACUUUAACAUCAGUUCCAUCAACAACACCAUUCACUUCAGAGUCAACGAGCACAAUAGAAACAACAACCACCCAGAGCUCCACCCCACCACAAACUAGUGAAACAACUACUGAUGUCAGUUCCACAACAUCAGAAACUACUACAACAGGAUCUACUACUGCAACUACUCCUCCUGAUACAACGUUAACAUCAGUUCCAUCAUCAUCGACGAGCACAACAGAAACAUCCACCCAGAGCUCCACCCCACCACAAACAAGUGAAACAACAACUGAUGUCACUUCCACAACAUCAGAAAGUACUACAACAUUUACAACUACAUCUCCUGCUACAACUUUAACAUCAGUUCCAUCAACAACUACAACAACAUUCACUUCAGAGACAACGGGCACAACAGAAACAACAACCACCCAGAGCUCCACCCCACCACAAACUAGUGAAACAACUACUGAUGUCAGUUCCACAACGUCAGAAACUACUAUAACAACUGCUCCCACUGUAACGACGCCUCCUGAUACAACUUUAACAUCAGUCCCAUCAUCAUCAUUGAACACAACAGAAAAAACAACCACCCAGAGCUCCACUCCACCACGAUCAAGUGAAACAACAACUGAUGUCACUUCCACAAAAUCAGAAACUACUACAUCACUAUCUACCACUGCAACUACUCCCCCUGAUACAACUUUAACAUCAGUUCCAUCAUCAACCACAGCACCAUUCACUUCAGAGACAACAAGCACAACAGAAACAACCACCCUGAGAUCCACGCCACCACAAACAAGUGAACCGACUAGUGAUACCAGUUCCACAACAUCAGAAAUUACUACAAGAGGAUCUACUACGGCAACUACUCCUCCUGAUACAACGUUAACAUCAGUCCCAUCAUCAUCAUCGACGAGCACAACAGAAACAUCCACCCAGAGUUCCACUCCACCACAAACAAGUGAAACAACAACUGAUGUCAGUUCCACAUCAGAAAUUACUCUAUCACCAUCUACAACUGCAACAACUCCUGAUACAACAUUAACAUCAGUCCCAUCUACUUCAGCGCCCACCAAUACCACUGUUAAUACAUCGGCACAAGCAAGGACCACCACAACUACAUCAGUACCCACCAACACCCCUGCUGCUGCCUCCGAUACCACUGCUAUUACGUCGGCACAAGAAAGGACCACUAUAACUAUUUCAGUUCCCACCAAUACCACUAUUGUUGCCUUGACACCAUCCAUCACGACCACAACUACCUCUGUAUCCACCAAUACCACGGCUAUUACCUCAUUACCAACAAGUUCCACUCCGACAACCACAACAGUCGUGCCAACACCAUCUGCUAAUAGAGACAUCAAUGAAUGUGCAACCAACCCCUACAAAUGCCAACAAAUCUGCACCAACACAAUCGGAAGCUUCAUGUGCAGUUGUGGUCCAGGCUUCAGAACCAACGUGGAGAACCCUGCGCUUUGUGAUGACAUCGACGAAUGUGCGACCAACACCUCCAAUUGUCAACAAAACUGCAUCAAUACAAUCGGAAGCUUCAAAUGCAGUUGUGGUCGGGGCUUCAGCACCAACGGAACCAACCCGGCGCUUUGUGAUGACAUCGAUGAAUGUGCAACCAACACCUCCAAAUGUCAACAAAACUGCACCAACACAAUCAGAAGCUACAGGUGCAGUUGUGGUCCAGGCUUCAGAACCAAUGUGAACGACCCUGCGCUUUGUGAUGACAUUGAUGAAUGUGCAACCAACACUUCAAACUGUCAACAAAUCUGCACCAACACAAUUGGAGGCUUCCUGUGCAGUUGUGACCCAGGCUUCAGCACAAACACGACCAACUCUUCACUCUGUGACGACAUUGAUGAAUGUGGAACCAACACAUCAAACUGUCAACAAAUCUGCACCAACACAAUCGGAAGCUUCGUGUGCAGUUGUGACCCAGGCUUCAGUAUCAAUGUGACCAACUCUUCCAUAUGUGAUGACAUUGAUGAAUGUGGAACCAACAUCUCGAACUGUCAACAAAUCUGCGCCAAUGCAAUCGGAAGCUUUGUGUGCAGUUGUGACCCAGGCUUCAGCACUAAUGAGACCAACUCUUCCAUUUGUGAUGACAUUGAUGAAUGUGGAACCAACACCUCAAACUGUCAACAAAUCUGCAACAACACAAUCGGAAGCUUCGUGUGCAGUUGUGACCCAGGCUUCAGCAUCAAUGUGACCAACUCUUCCAUUUGUAAUGACAUCGAUGAAUGUGCAACAAACACCUCAGGCUGUCAACAAAUCUGCACUAACACUAUUGGAAGCUUUGUGUGCAGUUGUGAUCCAGGCUUCAGUAUCAACAUGACUAAUUCUUCCCUAUGUGAUGACAUUGAUGAAUGUGCAACCAAUACCUCGAACUGUCAACAAAUCUGCACCAACACAAUCGGAAGCUCCUUAUGCAGUUGUGAUCCAGGCUUCAGCAUCAAUGUAACCAAUUCUUCCCUUUGUGAUGAUCUCGAUGAAUGUGUAACCAACAUCUCAAACUGUCAACAAAACUGCACCAACACAAUCGGAAGCUUCCUGUGCAGUUGUUACCGAGGGUUCAACAUUAAUGUGACCAAUUCUUUGCUUUGUGAUGACAUCGAUGAAUGUUCACCCAACACCUCGAACUGUCAACAAAUCUGCAUCAACAAAAUCGGAAGCUUCGUGUGCAGUUGUGACCCAGGCUUCAGCACUAAUGUGACCAACUCUUCCAUUUGUGAUGAUAUCGAUGAAUGUGCAACCAACAUCUCAAACUGUCAACAAAACUGCACCAACACAAUCGGAAGCUUCCUUUGCAGUUGUUACCCAGGCUUCAGCAUUAUCAUGACCAAUUCUUCGCUUUGUGAUGACAUUGAUGAAUGUGGAACCAACACCUCAAACUGUCAACAAAUCUGCACCAACACAAUCGGAAGCUUUGUGUGCAGUUGUGACCCAGGCUUCAGCACCAAUGUGACCAACUCGUCCAUUUGUGAAGACAUUGAUGAAUGUGCAACCAACACCUCAGACUGUCUACAAAUCUGCACCAACACUAUUGGAAGCUUCAUGUGCAGUUGUGAUCCAGGCUUCAGCAUCAACAUGACAAAUUCUUCCCUAUGUGAUGACAUCGAUGAUUGUGCAACCAGCACCUCAGACUGUCAACAAAUCUGCACUAACUCUAUUGGAAGCUUCGUGUGCAGUUGUGAUCCAGGCUUCAGUAUCAACAUGACCAAUUCUUCCCUAUGUGAUGAUAUCGAUGAAUGUGUAACCAACAUCUCAAACUGUCAACAAAACUGCACCAACACAAUCGGAAGCUUCCUGUGCAGUUGUUACCCAGGCUUCAGCAUUAUCAUGACCAAUUCUUUGCUUUGUGCUGGCAUUGAUGAUUGUGGAACCAACACCUCGACCUGUCAACAAAUCUGCAACAACACAAUCGGAAGCUCCGUGUGCAGUUGUGACCCAGCUUUCAGCACCAACGUGACCAACUUUUCCAUUUGUUAUGAUAUCGAUGAAUGUGCAACAAACACCUCAGACUGUCAACAAAUCUGCAUUAACACUAUUGGAAGCUUUGUGUGCAGUUGUGAUCCAGGCUUCAGCAUCAACAUGACCAAUUCUUCCCUAUGUGAUGACAUUGAUGAAUGUGGAACCAACACCUCAAACUGUCAACAAAUCUGCAACAACACAAUCGGAAGCUUUGUGUGCAGUUGUGAUCCAGGCUUCAGCACCAAUGUUACCAAUACUUCCCUUUGUGAUGAUAUCAAUGAAUGUGCAACCAACACCUCAAAGUGUCAACAAAGCUGCACCAACACAAUCGGAAGCUUCGUGUGCAGCUGUGAUCCAGGCUUCAGCAUCAAUGUAACCAAUUCUUCCCUUUGUGAUGACAUCGAUGAAUGUGCAACCAACACCUCGAACUGUCAACAAAUCUGCACCAACACAAUCGGAAACUUUGUGUGUAGUUGUGACCCAGGCUUCAGCAUCAAUGUGACCAACUCUUCAGUUUGUGAUGACAUUGAUGAAUGUGGAACCAACACCACGAACUGUCAACAAAUCUGCAACAACACAAUUGGAAGCUUUGUAUGUAGUUGUGACCCAGGCUUCAGCACCAAUGUGAUCAACUCUUUCAAUUGUGAUGACAUCAAUGAGUGUGUAACCGGCACCUCAAGCUGUCAACAAAACUGCACCAACACAAUCGGAAGCUUCCUGUGCAGUUGUAGCCCAGGCUUCAGAAUCAAUUUGACCAACCCUUCACUUUGUGAUGAUAUUGAAGAAUGUAAAACCAACACCUCAAACUGUGAACAAGUCUGCAUCAACACAAACGGAAGCUUCAUGUGCAGUUGUGACCCAGGUUUCAGCACCAAUGUGAUCAACGCUUCACUCUGUGAUGAUAUCAAUGAAUGUGGAACCAACAUCUCAUACUGCCAACAAAUCUGCACCAACACAAUCGGAAGCUUUGUGUGCAGUUGUAUUCCGGGUUUCAGCACUAAUUUGACCAACCCUUCGAUUUGUGAUGAUAUCGAUGAAUGUGGAACCAACAUCUCAAACUGUGAACAAGUCUGCACCAACACAAAUGGAAGCUUUGUGUGCAGUUGUGACCCGGGUUUCAGUACCAAUGUGACCAACUCUUCACACUGUGAUGAUAUCGAUGAAUGUGCAACCAACACCUCAAAGUGUGAACAAAUCUGCACCAACACAAUCGGAAGCUUCUUGUGCAGUUGCAACAACGGCUUCAAAAGUAACCGAACCAACUCUUCGUUGUGUGAUGACAUCGAUGAAUGUGCAACCAACACCUCGAACUGUCAACAAAUUUGCACCAAUACAAUCGGAAACUUUGUGUGUAGUUGUGACCCAGGCUUCAACAUCAAUGUGACCAACUCUUCGCUUUGUGAUGAUAUUGAAGAAUGUAAAACCAACACCUCAAACUGUGAACAAGUCUGCAUCAACACAAACGGAAGCUUCAUGUGCAGUUGUGACCCAGGUUUCAGCACCAAUGUAAUCAACUCUUCACUCUGUGAUGAUAUCAAUGAAUGUGGAACCAACAUCUCAUACUGCCAACAAAUCUGCACCAACACAAUCGGAAGCUUUGUGUGCAGUUGUAUUCUGGGUUUCAGCACUAAUUUGACCAACCCUUCGAUUUGUGAUGAUAUCGAUGAAUGUGGAACCAACAUCUCAAACUGUGAACAAGUCUGCACCAACACAAAUGGAAGCUUUGUGUGCAGUUGUGACCCGGGUUUCAGUACCAAUGUGACCAACACUUCACACUGUGAUGACAUCAAUGAAUGUGCAGCUAACACUUCAAACUGUCAACAAAUCUGCAACAACUCAAUCGGAAGUUUUGUGUGCAGUUGUGAUUCGGGCUUCAGCAGCAAUGCGAUCAACUCUUCCCUUUGUGAUGAUAUCGAUGAAUGUGCAACCAACACCUCAAAGUGUCAACAAAUCUGCACCAACACAAUCGGAAGCUUCUUGUGCAGUUGCAACAACGGCUUCAAAAGUAACCGAACCAACUCUUCAUUGUGUGAUGAUAUCGAUGAAUGUGUAACCAACACCUCAAACUGUCAACAAAACUGCACCAACUCAAUCGGAAGCUCCCUGUGCAGUUGUUACCGAGGGUUCACCAUUAAUGUGACCAAUUCUUCGCUUUGUGAUGACAUCGAUGAAUGUGCAACCAACACCUCAAACUGCCAACAAAUCUGCACCAACACAAUCGGAAACUUUGUGUGUAGUUGUGACCCGGGCUUCAGCAUCAAUGUGACCAACUCUUCGCUUUGUGAUGACAUUGAUGAAUGUGGAACCAACAGCUCGAACUGUCAACAAAUCUGCAACAACACAAUCGGAAGCUUCGUGUGUAGUUGUGACCCAGGCUUCAGCACCAAUGUGAUCAACUCUUUCAUUUGUGAUGACAUCAAUGAGUGUGUAGCCGGCACCUCAAGCUGUCAACAAAACUGCACCAACACAAUCGGAAGCUUCCUGUGCAGUUGUAGCCCAGGCUUCAGAAUCAAUUUGACCAACCCUUCACUUUGUGAUGAUAUUGAAGAAUGUAAAACCAACACCUCAAACUGUGAACAAGUCUGCAUCAACACAAACGGAAGCUUCAUGUGCAGUUGUGACCCAGGUUUCAGCACCAAUGUGAUCAACUCUUCACUCUGUGAUGAUAUCAAUGAAUGUGGAACCAACAUCUCAUACUGCCAACAAAUCUGCACCAACACAAUCGGAAGCUUUGUAUGCAGUUGUAUUCCGGGUUUCAGCACUAAUUUGACCAACCCUUCGAUUUGUGACGAUAUCGAUGAAUGUGGAACCAACAUCUCAAACUGUGAACAAGUCUGCACCAACACAAAUGGAAGCUUUGUGUGCAGUUGUGACCCGGGUUUCAGUACCAAUGUGACCAACUCUUCACACUGUGAUGACAUCGAUGAAUGUGCAACCAACACCUCGAACUGUCAACAAAUCUGCACCAACACAAUCGGAAACUUUGUGUGUAGUUGUGACCCGGGCUUCAGCAUCAAUGUGACCAACUCUUCGCUUUGUGAUGACAUUGAUGAAUGUGGAACCAACAGCUCGAACUGUCAACAAAUCUGCAACAACACAAUCGGAAGCUUCGUGUGUAGUUGUGACCCAGGCUUCAGCACCAAUGUGAUCAACUCUUUCAUUUGUGAUGACAUCAAUGAGUGUGUAGCCGGCACCUCAAGCUGUCAACAAAACUGCACCAACACAAUUGGAAGCUUCCUGUGCAGUUGUAGCCCAGGCUUCAGAAUCAAUUUGACCAACCCUUCACUUUGUGAUGAUAUUGAAGAAUGUAAAACCAACACCGCAAACUGUGCACAAGUCUGCAUCAACAGAAACGGAAGCUUCAUGUGCAGUUGUGACCCAGGCUUCAGCACCAAUGUGAUCAACUCUUCACUCUGUGAUGAUAUCGAUGAAUGUGGAACCAACAUCUCAAACUGUGAACAAGUCUGCACCAACACAAGAGGAAGCUUUGGGUGCAGUUGUGACCCGGGUUUCAGUACCAAUGUGACCAACUCUUCACACUGUGAUGAUAUCGAUGAAUGUGCAACCAACUCCUCAAACUGUCAACAAAUCUGCACCAACACAAUUGGAAGCUUCUUGUGCAGUUGCAACACUGGCUUCAAAAGUAACCGAACCAACUCUUCGCUGUGUGAUGAUAUUGAUGAAUGUGCAAUCAACAUCUCAAACUGUCAACAAAACUGCACCAACACAGUUGGAGGCUUCCUGUGCAGUUGUUACCCAGGCUUCAGCAUCAACUUAACAAACUCUUCACUUUGUGAUGACAUUGAUGAAUGUACACCCAACACCUCAAACUGUCAACAAAUCUGCAACAACACAAUCGGAAGCUUCCUGUGCAGUUGUGACCCAGGCUUCAGCACCAAUGUGAUCAACUCUUCCCUUUGUGAUGAUAUUAAUGAAUGUGCAACCAACACCUCAAAGUGUGAACAAAUCUGCACCAACACAAUCGGAAGCUUCUUGUGCAGUUGCAACACUGGCUUCAAAAGUAACCGAACCAACUCUUCGCUGUGUGAUGAUAUUGAUGAAUGUGCAAUCAACAUCUCAAACUGUCAACAAAACUGCACCAACACAGUAGGAGGCUUCCUGUGCAGUUGUUACCCAGGCUUCCGCAUCAAAUUAACAAACUCUUCACUUUGUGAUGACAUUGAUGAAUGUCCAACCAACACCUCGAACUGUCAACAAAUCUGCAACAACACAAUCGGAAGUUUUGUGUGCAGUUGUGAUUCGGGCUUCAGCACCAAUGUGACCAACUCUUCCCUUUGUGAUGAUAUCGAUGAAUGUGCAACCAACACCUCAACCUGUCAACAAAUCUGCACCAACACAAUCGGAAGCUUCUUGUGCAGUUGCAACAACGGCUUCAAAACUAACCGAACCAACUCUUCGCUGUGUGAUGAUAUUGAUGAAUGUGCAAUCAACAUCUCAAACUGUCAACAAAACUGCACCAACACAGUUGGAGGCUUCCUGUGCAGUUGUUACCCAGGCUUCAGCAUCAACUUAACAAACUCUUCACUUUGUGAUGACAUUGAUGAAUGUGCAACCAACACAUCGAACUGUCAACAAAUCUGCAACAACACAAUCGGAAGCUUCCUGUGCACUUGUGAUCCGGGCUUCAGCACCAAUGUGAUCAACUCUUCCCUUUGUGAUGACAUCGAAGAAUGUGCAACCAACACCUCAGACUGUCAACAAAUCUGCACAAACACUAUUGGAAGCUUUGUGUGCAGUUGUGACCCAGGCUUCGGCACCAAUGUGACCAACUCUUCGCUUUGUGAAGAUAUUGAUGAGUGUGCAACCAACACCUCAACCUGUCAACAAAUCUGCACCAACAUAAUCGGAAGCUUCACGUGUAGUUGUGAUUCAGGCUUCGGCAUCAACGUGACCAACUCUUCCCUUUGUGAUGAUAUUGAUGAAUGCACAACCAACACCUCGAACUGUCAACAAAACUGCAACAACACAAUUGGAAGCUUCCAGUGCAGUUGUGACCCAGGCUUCAGCACCAAUGUGACCAAUUCUUCCCUUUGUGAUGACAUCGAUGAAUGUGCAACCAACACCUCAAACUGUCAACAAAUCUGCACCAACACAAUCAGAAGCUUUGUGUGCAGUUGUGAUUCAGGCUUCAGCACCAAUGUGACCAACACUUCACUUUGUGAUGAUAUCGAUGAAUGUGCACCCAACAUCUCAAACUGUCAUCAAAACUGCACCAACACAAUCGGAAGCUUCCUGUGCGGUUGUUACCCAGGCUUCAGCAUCAACAUAACUAACUCUUCAUUCUGUGAUGAUAUCGAUGAAUGUGCAACCAACACCUCAGACUGUCAACAAAUCUGCACCAACACAAUUGGAGGUUAUGUGUGCAGAUGUGACCCAGGCUUCAGCAUCAACAUGACCAACUCUUCCCCUUGUAAUGACAUUGAUGAAUGUGGAACCAACACCUCGAACUGUCAACAAAUCUGCACCAAUACAAUCGGAAGCUUCCUGUGCAGUUGUUACCCAGGUUUCAGCAUUAAUGUGGCCAACUCUUCGCUUUGUGAUGACAUUGAUGAAUGUGGAACCAACACCUCGAACUGUCAACAAAUCUGCAACAACACAAUUGGAAGCUUUGUGUGCAGUUGUGACACAGGCUUCAGCACCAAUGUGAUCAACUCUUCCCUUUGUGAUGAUAUUGAUGAAUGUGCAACCAGAACUUCAAACUGUCAACAAAACUGCACCAACACAAUUGGAAGCUUCCUGUGCAGUUGUGGCCCGGGCUUCAGAGCCAACGCGAUCAACCCUUCACUUUGUGAUGACAUCAAUGAAUGUACAACAAAUACCUCAAACGGUCAACAAAUCUGCACCAACACAAUCGGAGGCUUCCUGUGCAGUUGUGCCCCAGGCUUCAGCACUAACUUGACCAACCCUUCGCUUUGUGAUGAUAUUGAAGAAUGUAAAGCCAACACCUCAAACUGUGAACAAGUCUGCAUCAACACAAACGGAAGCUUCAUGUGCAGUUGUGACCCAGGCUUCAGCACCAAUGUGGCCAACUCUUCACUCUGUGAUGAUAUCAAUGAAUGUGGCUCCAACACCUCGUACUGCCAACAAAUCUGCACCAACACAAUCGGAAGCUUCAUGUGCAGUUGUAUUCCGGGCUUCAGCACUAAUGCGACCAACCCUUCGCUUUGUGAUGACAUCGAUGAAUGUGGAACCAACACCUCAAACUGUCAACAAAUCUGCACCAACACGAACGGAAGCUUCAUGUGCAGAUGUGACCCAGGUUUCAGCACCAAUGUGAUCAACUCUUCACUCUGUGAUGAUAUUGAUGAAUGUGCAAACAACAUCUCAAACUGUCAACAAAUCUGCACCAACACAAUCGGAAGCUUUGUGUGCAGUUGUGAUCCAGGCUUCAGCACCAACGUGACCAACACUUUACUUUGCGAUGAUAUCGAUGAAUGUGCAACCAACACCUCAACCUGUCAACAAAACUGCAACAACACAAUUGGAAGCUUCAUGUGCAGUUGUGACCCAGGCUUCAGCAUUAAUGUGGUCAACUCUUCCCUUUGUGAUGACAUUGAUGAAUGUGGAACCAACAACUCGAACUGUCAACAAAUCUGCACCAAUACAAUCGGAAGCUUCAUGUGCAGUUGUGACCCAGGCUUCAGCACCAACGUGCCCAACUCUUCCCUUUGCGAUGACAUUGAUGAAUGUGGAACCAACACCUCAAACUGUCAACAAAUCUGCACCAACACAAUCGGAAGCUUUGUGUGCAGUUGUGACUCAGGGUUCAGCGCCAACGUGACCAAACUAUCCCUUUGUGAUGAUAUCAAUGAAUGUGCAGCCAACACCUCAAACUGUCAACAAAUCUGCACCAACACAAUCGGAAGCUUCCUGUGCAGUUGUAACCCAGGCUUCAGCACCAAUGUGACCAACCCUUCCCUUUGUGAUGAUAUCAAUGAAUGUGCAGCCAACACCUCAAACUGUCCACAAAUCUGCACCAACACAAUCGGAAGCUUCCUGUGCAGUUGUAACCCAGGCUUCAGCACCAAUGUGACCAACCCUUCCCUUUGUGAUGAUAUCAAUGAAUGUGCAACCAACACCUCAAACUGUCAACAAAUCUGCAACAACACAAUCGGAAGCUUCCUGUGCAGUUGUAACCCAGGCUUUAGCACCAAUGUGACCAACCCUUCCCUUUGUGAUGAUAUCAAUGAAUGUGCAACCAGCACCUCAAACUGUCAACAAAUCUGCACCAACACAAUCGGAAGCUUCCUGUGCAGUUGUAACCCAGGCUUCAGCACCAAUGUGACCAAACCUUCCCUUUGUGAUGACAUUGAUGAAUGUGGAACCAACACCUCGAACUGUCAACAAGUCUGCACCAACACAAUCGGAAGCUUCGUGUGCAGUUGUGACCCAGGCUUCAGUAUCCAUGUGACCAACUCUUCCCUUUGUGAUGAUAUCAAUGAAUGUGCAACCAACACCUCAAACUGUCAGCAAAUCUGCACCAACACAAUCGGAAGCUUUGUGUGCAGUUGUGACCGAGGUUUCAGCAUUAAUGUGGCCAACUCUUCGCUUUGUGAGGACAUUGAUGAAUGUGGAACCAACACCUCGAACUGUCAACAAAUCUGCACCAACACAAUCGGAAGCUUCCUGUGCAGUUGUUACCCAGGUUUCAGCAUUAAUGUGGCCAACUAUUCGCUUUGUGAUGACAUUGAUGAAUGUGGCACCAACACCUCGAACUGUCAACAAAUCUGCAACAACACAAUUGGAAGCUUUGUGUGCAGUUGUGACACAGGCUUCAGCACCAAUGUGAUCAACUCUUCCCUUUGUGAUGAUAUUGAUGAAUGUGCAACCAGAACUUCAAACUGUCAACAAAACUGCACCAACACAAUUGGAAGCUUCCUGUGCAGUUGUGGCCCGGGCUUCAGAGCCAACGCGAUCAACCCUUCACUUUGUGAUGACAUCAAUGAAUGUACAACAAAUACCUCAAACUGUCAACAAAUCUGCACCAACACAAUCGGAGGCUUCCUGUGCAGUUGUGCCCCAGGCUUCAGCACUAACUUGACCAACCCUUCGCUUUGUGAUGAUAUUGAAGAAUGUAAAGCCAACACCUCAAACUGUGAACAAGUCUGCAUCAACACAAACGGAAGCUUCAUGUGCAGUUGUGACCCAGGCUUCAGCACCAAUGUGGCCAACUCUUCACUCUGUGAUGAUAUCAAUGAAUGUGGCUCCAACACCUCGUACUGCCAACAAAUCUGCACCAACACAAUCGGAAGCUUCAUGUGCAGUUGUAUUCCGGGCUUCAGCACUAAUGCGACCAACCCUUCGCUUUGUGAUGAUUUAAGGAAUAAUAUUGAAUGUGGUAGAAUACAGUAA